AUGAUAAUUACUGAUCAAGAUCCUGCUAUGAAGAUUGCCAUUUCCCAAGUUCUUCCUAACACAUUCCAUAGGUAUUGCAGUUGGCACAUAUUAAAUAAGUUUUCAGAAAAGAUAGGUGCAGUGAAAUGUAAUGAAUAUUAUGAUGACUUUAGAAGUUGUGUGUGGAACUCUGAGAUGACAGAAGAAUUUGAUAAGAAGUGGAAGGAAGUUGUUGAGAAGAGUGGUUUAAGUGACAAUGGAUCGCUUCAAUCAAUUUAUGACAUUCGAGCAUCAUGGGUGCCUGCAUACUGUAAUCACAUUUUCUCGGCCGGAAUGUCAAGUAGCCAACGUGCUGAAAGUUGUCAUUCAUUUUUCAAGAAGUAUGUUGACCACAAAAAUUCAUUACUAGACUUUGUGAUUCGCUUUAAUAGAGGACUUGUACAUCAACAUCAUCAAGAGUUAGUUUCUACCCAUAUUGAUGCAAAUGAAGAGCCUCAGAUGAAUACCCCUCAUCCUAUGGAAUCUCAAUUGUCUAGAAUUUAUACUCGUGCCUGUUUCCAACAAUUUCAAAGUGAGUUCUAUAUUAGCUUUUUCAAUUACAGGUUUCAACUUAUGAGAGAGGAUGACAAUCAAAGAUUGUAUUUGGUCAAGAAAAGAAGUGAUCAGAUUCAAAAGGAUCGGGAAAUUGUUUAUGACAAGCAUACGGACCUUGCUUCAUGUACUUGCAAAAAAUUUCAAAGUGAAGGAAUCCCCUGUAGGCACAUCUUGGGAUAUUUGCUGAAAGUUCAGGAAGUAGAUUACUUGCCUGACCAAUAUAUUUUGAAUAGAUGGACUAAAGCUGCAAAUGCUACUGUAGUUAAGGACCUAGAUGGGUUGGAAAUAACAUAUAUAAAUGCAUUGGUGGUGAAGCGUAGUAAAUUAUUUCAUCAUGCUUCACUUGUUAUUGAUAAAGUCCUUACAAGUCCUCAUGAAGCUCAGACCAUGUUUAUCGAGGCUCUUGACAAUGUUCUUGAUAAGCUUAAACAAAUGCAAGUCAAUAGUAGUGAAAGUGCAAGUAUCGGUAAGAAGUUGCCAAGUGAUGUUCAACAUAGGUAUAAUGAGCCAAAGAUUAUCAAAGCAAAGGGUUCUGGAAAAAGGCUUAAGAAGUCAAAGGAGAAGAAAGAGAGAAAGAGAAGUAGUACAAGGAAAUGUCAUGGAUGUGGUUUGUAUGGGCAAUUACAUGAUAAACGGAACUGUCCGGCGCUUAAUAUGCCUAACGAUAGUUCUGUUCUUGACAAAUAUGCGGACAAGGAUGAAGAUGAUCACGAGCCAAUAUCAACUGAUGAAGAUGAGGACCCCAGUUCCUUCGAUGAAGAUGAUGACAAUUAA